UUAAACGAAGCAAAGUAACGAACACCAAGGCGUAACUAUAUACACCUGGUUACGGAUCGUCUAUGAUGUUGUGCAUAAGUUGUUCAUGCAUGUGACAUAUCAUUCUUAUAUCAUAUGUGAACAUCUUUACUAAAAUGGAUUUAAUUCAGCUGAAAACAUUCUUGGUAUGGGCUUCAAUAUGCGGCCUUUUGAAGACAGCUUGUGGCGUUACAGUAAAGUAUAUGUGCUUGCCUUCACAAGUGACCGGAAGUGAGUUUAAAUUCACAGUGAGGCUGAGGAAAGAUGGUGAUAAUACUAUAACAGGGAUUACAGCUGUAGCCUCGAACAUAAACCCAAACGCAGACAAUACACCAACAGCAUCCGGUUGCACGACGACAACUGAAGAAAGGACGGAUAUUUACGCAUUAUCUGCAGACAUCGACACCGGCUCCUUGUCAUGUGGAGUAACAUUGGUACGUGACAUUGUUCAUAUAACAUUUUAAUGACUUAUGAAGUUCAGAACCCAA